UUUUUUAAAUGACUUGAGUGAAAUGGGGGUGGGGGAAACUGUCAAGAUGGCAGCGGCGGCGGCGGCGGCGGCGAGGAGGUUACGAAUGUGGUAGUGUUGAUGCUGGAACAAAACCUUGGCAGCUCUGCGAAGGACUUGGGCUUUCUAGACCUGUUGGAAGAUCGGUGAUUGGACUUAACAGGAUUCUGAGCCACUCUUUCUCACAUAGGGCAGGGUUUUUUUUUUUUUUUUUUUUUAAGGCAACAGCAAUCUAAGUUUCUUUCUCCCCUUGAUAAGAUUUCCUUUUUCUUCACCUUUUGGGGGGGGGGGUGCAUUGCUUUCCUUUUGGGAGGAGGCGUUUCCUUCCCCAAAUGUAUCGGGCGCGAUCGGCUACGUUUUGAGACUUUGGAGUGUUGUGAAGUCAGGGAGAUUACUGCAAGAGAAAAGAAAACGUCCGCCAAAGCAACAAGCAGGAGAGACGCGUGGCUUUUUUCUCUUUUUGUAUUAAUUUUUAAGCGGGGGCAGCGUGAGGCAAGGCGUGGGGGGGUCUCUUUAAUGGAUACAGCGCGAUGCUAUUGGAGGAAUUCUGCACGGAGUGAAAGAUAAACAAACACACGGGCGCUCCGCCGCGGAGAUUGGCUUGCAACUCUGCCGUGUUUGGGGCUUCUUUCAGAAUCGGUCGUCCACGCGAACUAGGCGAAGGGAGCGCGCACCUGGCGCCCCCCGGAUUGUUUAUUGAUCUCCCUGUGACUCUUUUUUAGAGGGGAGGGGGCAAGGGCGGAGAGGUGAAAGACUGAAAAGGAGGCGGCCGGACCUUUAAUGGAGAGUGGCAUGUUUGCUCAGCCUCGCUGAUCGCUGCUAGGAGGUGCGAGAGGAGGAGGGACCGGGCUCCUCUUGGCGGACAUCCCGCCCCCCAGGAAGAAAGAUCAGCUUCAAGAGUGGGGGAGAGGCCAAGAUGGCAGAGGCGUCUCCCCCCGCCCCGUUGUCGCCCCUGGAGGUAGAACUGGACCCCGAGUUCGAGCCCCAGAGCCGCCCUCGCUCCUGUACGUGGCCCCUGCAGAGGCCUGAGCUGCAGGCGAGCCCGGCCAAGCCCGCAGGGGAAGCGGCUGCCGACGACGCGUCCAUGAUCCCGGAGGAAGAGGACGACGCCGACGACGAGGAGCAAGGGGGCAGCUCGGCCAUGACCGUCGCCGUCUCCAGUGGCGGCGGCGAGUCCCUGGCCCCGGAGGACACGGCCCGCCUUCUGGCUCCCUUCUCAGGGCUGUCCGGCGAGGGAGGCGGACAGGGCGCCAACGCGCCGAGCGGCGGGCAGCAGCAGCAGCAGCAAGCAGGGGCGGCGGCGCCCAGAAAAUGCUCGUCGCGGAGAAACGCGUGGGGCAACUUAUCCUACGCCGACCUUAUCACCCGCGCCAUCGAGAGCUCCCCAGAGAAGCGCCUCACGCUCUCCCAGAUCUACGAGUGGAUGGUGCGCUGCGUGCCCUACUUCAAGGAUAAGGGCGACAGCAACAGCUCGGCCGGCUGGAAGAACUCGAUCAGGCACAACUUGUCCCUCCAUAGUCGAUUCAUCAGGGUACAGAAUGAAGGAACUGGGAAAAGCUCAUGGUGGAUGAUCAACCCAGAUGGUGGGAAAGGUGGGAAAGCCCCACGGAGACGUGCAGUUUCAAUGGACAACAGCAACAAGUACACAAAGAGCCGAGGAAGAGCAGCUAAGAAGAAAGCGGCCUUACAAGCUGCACAGGAAACAACUGAAGACAGCCCCUCCCAAAUUUCCAAGUGGCCAGGUAGCCCAACCUCCCGCAGCAGUGACGAGCUGGACGCAUGGACAGAUUUCCGGUCCCGUACAAACUCAAAUGCCAGUACGAUAAGUGGCCGCUUGUCACCAAUCUUGGCAAGUACUGAGCUAGAUGAGGUCCAAGAUGACGAUGCUCCACUUUCCCCCAUGCUGUACAACAGUCCACCCAGCAUGUCCCCAUCAGUUAGCAAGCCCUGUAAUGUUGAGCUGCCUAGGUUGACUGAUAUGACAGGUACCAUGAACUUGAAUGAUGGUCUGACAGAUAACCUUAUGGAUGACCUUCUGGACAAUAUAACUCUUCCCUCUCCCCAGCAGUCACCCACAGGGGGCCUCAUGCAAAGAAGUUCAAGUUUUCCAUAUGGCUCCAAAGGUUCAGGUCUUGGUUCUCCAUCAAGUACUUUCAAUAAUGCUGUGUUUGGACCAUCCUCUUUGAAUUCCCUCCGUCAGUCUCCCAUGCAAACCAUCCAAGAGAACAAGCAAGCUACAUUUUCUUCCAUUUCGCACUACAAUAACCAAACACUGCAGGAUCUUCUGGCAUCAGAUUCACAUAGCCACAGUGAUGUCAUGAUGACGCAGUCUGAUCCACUUAUGUCACAAGCUAGCACAGCUGUGUCUGCCCAAAACGUACGUAGGAGUAUUAUGCUCCGGAAUGAUCCAAUGAUGUCAUUUGCGGCCCAACCAAGCCAGGGCGGUUUGGUCAACCAGAAUCUGCUCCACCACCAGCAUCAAUCCCAGAAUUCCUCUCUCAGUGGCAGUCGUGCCUUGUCGAAUUCCAUCAGUACUAUGGGCUUAAGUGACACAAACAACGUUGGCUCGGCAAAACACCAGCAACAGUCACCUGCCAACCAGUCUAUGCAAACACUUUCUGACUCACUCUCAGGCUCUUUGUAUUCCAACAGCGUGAGCCUUCCAGUCAUGGGGCAUGAUAAAUUCCCCAGUGAUUUGGACCUGGAUAUUUUCAAUGGGAGUUUGGAGUGCGACAUGGAGUCCAUUAUCCGCAGCGAACUCAUGGAUGCAGACGGGUUGGAUUUUAACUUUGAUUCCCUCAUCUCAGCCCAGAAUGUUGUCACUCUGAAUGUGGGAAACUUCACUGGUGCUAAGCAAGCUUCAUCACAGAGUUGGGUUCCAGGCUGAAGGUUUUAUGCAAAGAGGGGAAAAUGGGCAAAGCAGACCCUUCAUCUGACAUGAGUCCUAAAGAAGAACAAAAAAAACCCUUUGCCAAAAUCAACUGUCAGCAAGGACAGGGAUACCGUUUACAGCUUACAACCUUUGUGAACCCUGCAUUAUUUUCCUAAAGGAACAGAGACUGUUAAUGACCCCAGAGCUUGAGUGAUGAACCCUCUUGUCUGGAAUUGAAUUCAUCCUGAAGUAUGCAAAAUCUUCCUCUUAUGGGGUGGCCCAGCACCAACUUGAGGAUACGUUGCAUCCGCCACCACCCUGUUCCAGAACACACUGUGUAGCCUUUACAAUAGUUUAUUUGUCAAUCAGUUAUAUGGUGUUCCAAUAUGUUAAUGGGUUGCAGGAUGUUAUUGACUGGCUUUUCUUUUUCAGGGUUUCCCCCACCCCACCUCCCUAAGGUGUGAGUAUUUUUUUUCCUCUCUGAAAUGCUUUAAUUUUUCCUCGUGAAUAGGGAAUGCAAACUAAUAUAUGCACAAUGAAAAGUUGAAUCCAUUUUGUCUUGAAAUAUCAACAGCACUUGAAUAUUGCAGUCUUUCAUAGCACCUACCAACUGAUUGGAUUUAAGAGGUCCUUUAUAAGAGGGGUUAAUGUUUGCUUUUGGUUUGGGCUUUUUACUUUUCAUUUGGGUCAAUUAGUUAAUUGGUUGGUUCUGAUCCAGUCUUUACAACCCCAAGCUAUUUUCCUAAAUUGAAGGGUACAUUUUCCUUUCUAUUGUCAGCACCAAGAGUGUGGAUUUUACCUCACAAAUUUAGCCACCGCCGUUGCUGCAUUCUAGCCAGUGUUCAAAGGGUGCGAAGGAGAAGGGCAUUUCGUUGGUCUUGGUGAGUCAGUAGCUGUCAGGCCCAACCUUGCCUUGUCUGUUAUGCUAGUCCUUCUGCCCAAACAGCCGCAGUGAUUUUGAUUUUGGGGCGGAAAAUGACUGAGUAAGCUGAACUGUUUUCCACUUUGCCAAACAAUUUGUCCAUAACGACCUGGAGAGCAACAGCUUGCUCUCACGUGAAUGAUGAUGGUGACGAUAAAGACAAAAAGCUAAAUAAAAAUGACUAUAUUGCAUGAAAACAGAGUUUUAUGUAUAUGGUAUGUGCAUCAUCCAGGUCAUGGGUGAUUUAUUGCAUUGAUGAUUAUUUUUACAUCCUCUUCUUGAUUAUUCUUUCCUUCUUGUGAUGUAUCAUUGAGGCUGGGAGGAAAGGCUGAAGGAGGGCAGCAAGAAGAGACAUGGAGGGAAAAACCAUACAGGUAGCUUUUCAUAGGAGCGUAGACUGUAAUUGGAUAAAUUCCACUGAAAACAAAGUAGUUUUUAUAUAUUUUGCUUAUAUGGGUUUCUUUUGUAAAUUUAUAUAGUAAUAAUGACUGGCAGUUAUGGUGCUGUGCAGGUCCUGCUUGACUACCUUUUUCGUUAUCUUUUUUGGGGAGUGGAGCAAAGAGGGGAGGAAAGAAACCCAUUGGUACGUGAUUUUUUUUUUUUUUUAAUGGUGUGAGGACACUUUGGCUAGGACAACAUAGACACACUUCUCCAAAGUGAUAUAUGAAAAACUUUUGGCAUAAAGACAUAAUACAUAUAAAUAUAUAAAUAUAUUUUAUUAUGUACAGAAACGGAUCAUUAUGCAUGAAUGUUAGUUAGGAGAACAGACUAGCAUUUUAACCCAAAGUUUCAGUGCAUGAGUUUCCACUGGCACAUGAACCAUGUACUCUGUGGUGUGACUCCCUUCAGCCACCACACCUCUGUGUGCGUGCAUAUAUAGGGCACAGAAGCACACACACAUACACACGUCUGUAGGCCCCGUAUUGCUCCUUCGUUUCUAACCCUCUGAGAUAAUAUUGGUGAAAUAACAGCUCCUCGUGUGAUGGAAGUUUUGUUUUGUACUGUAGCCUCCUUUUGACUGUGCUGCGCUAUUCUAUAGACAAACUUGUGAAUUCCAUCAUGCAGUGCAUAACUGAAUUAUGAAAACUGUGCUGUUGUGGUUCUAAAUAGGUCAUAGAAUAUAAACUUUCCAAAUACUUAAGAUUUUUUUAUCAUUUAAAGAAAAUACAAACUAUUUUUUUAAUGAUUAAGGUGGUAUAUUUGUCAAUGGCAGGGUCAUGUAUCAUAUUUCUUUAAUUAGAGACAACCAAUGUGUGUUUGUUCUCCACAUUGGAAAGGGCUUCCCUGAGAGGAAAACACUAUAAAAUUGUCAUCUGUUCCAGGGGCUUAAGGAAAGGUGUCAGUUUAUUCAGAGAGAUUAAGUUAUAGGUACCUAUUACCAAAGCUAGUUAAGAGUUUGUUCACAUGCCUUCAGUAUAUAAGAGUAAAUGGUACAUCAUUAAAUGUGAAUUCAGCUAAUGAUGUCAUUUUGGGGCGUUUGUUAUUUUCUUCUCUAAAAGCAAUGUAUUUGGAGAUUGACAACUUAUUUUAUUUCUAAGUUUCUGUUAUCUCAACAGGAAAUCUGUGCAUAAAAAAAAAAUAUCUGGUACUCACCAAGCUUUAUGGUUUCCUUGUUUGACUUCUCCUGUUGAGUUUCCUUAAUCUACUUGAGGGUAUAAUAUAUCAGGGAAUUCAUGUAGAGCAGGAUUGGACAAAAGGCAGAUCUCUGGAUACUUUGUAUUUCAACUUCCAGAGGGUCUUCCAGCAUAAUGAAUAGCCAGGAAUUAUGGGAGGUAUAGUCUAAAGCAUCAGGAAAUCUAUUUUCUGACCACCUCUGAUGUAAAGAAGCAGACAGAUCAACCCUCUGGUAAGCUCUAAUUUUAUUCCAGUGAUUAAUUUGCAUCCAUCCAAACUAUGGAAACAAUUUGGCCAAAGUUAAGCAUGUUAUUAAGGUCCAUUGAUUUCAAUGGGAGAGAGUUAAACACCUGCCAUGGACAUUAGUGAGACUUGAAGGUUGCCCUGUUUUCUGGGACGUAAAUCCGUACUGAAAAUAGUUUGACUUCUGUGUAAAUAUACAUGGAAUCAGACUGUAUUCCCACAGUCCUAAAGUAUAUCACAUGAUUGCCACUGCCUCCUUCCACAAUUAACACCCAUAGAAUUUUGUAGGAUAAUUUCUACCCAUGUCAAACCCAAGUGAAGAUGUCCUCAGUGGAUAGGCAGCACUUCUGUUUUAUGAGAACAUGAAAGGAAUCGCUGCUGCCUGGAAAGAGGAAGAGCAAGUGCUGUGGCUCCGUGGUAGGGCAUGAGCUUUGCCUUCAGGGAUGCAAGAUUCGAUCCCUGGCAUCUCCAGUUACAGCUAGAGAAGAUCUUUUCUGAAUCUCUGGAAUGCUGCCAGUCAGUUUUGGCACAUCAGAUCAGAUGCACCAAGGGCCUGACUCGGUAGAGCAGCUUGCUGCCUUCUUGAAUUGUUUAUACUUUCUUAUGAUUCCAUCCCAGGUAAGUGAAAAGGAUAUUUAAACUAAGGGACCCUUCUGAGUUAAGGUUGUUGGAUAAAUUUACAAAGGAUUCAAAUAAGUUCAGAUUUCUAUGAAUCUGACCUGUGGGCUCUGCAGCAGAGAAGCUUUUCCAGAGUUGCAUAGAUCCUACAGACUUGCAAACCAUUUUUAAACUUUCCAUAAUUCUAUGCAAAUUUUCUCAUACAAAAAUAUGAAAAAUAAAGAACACCAACCUAAAAUACACAUUCCCCACUUAGACUAAACUAUGUAAAUGCAUGUUUUAGGGGGAAUUGUGUAUUUUGGGAGGAUGUGUACUUCUUGGAAGUGUGAUCUUGCACAAAUCUUGCAAAUGCAUUUGUGCAAAAUCCAGUUCUGUCAACGGGCAGGCAAAAGAUGCCUUGUGAUCCGUCAGAGAGAUGGAACAGAACUUGCAAAGUCCAUAACAUCCCCUUUCUGGGUAAACAAGGAGCCUCUUUGCAAAUGAGUUAAGCUAGUACUAAGAGAACAGACAGCUUGGCUCUGUUGAGUUUCAUAAGAUAAAAUCAGAAAAUAGAAACCACCACCACCCAGUUAAUUAGCUUGCAAUGAAAAUGCAUUUUUCUGAAAAGAUGUUACUUGUUUUAGAAAUCCAGCAACUAAAGUGCCUACUGUAGUCAGACUGGACAAGAUCACGUGAAAUAUAAGCACUUUGCAGCCUGAUUCUGUAUGGGUUUACUCUGAAGAGAGUCCUACACAUCAUGUAUUCUGUUCUCUGUCACAGGAAUGUUAAUAUGAAUGGAGUCCGUGGAAGCCUGUCAGUUGCUCCAUUGUUUUCUAUAGCUGGACUCCAAAGGCUCUCACAAUACUUAAUUCCAGAUCUUUGGAUUCAGUCCUCAACUGGGAGCCCAGUCAAGAAAUCUUGCUCUUAACCCAACCUCCCAGCAUCUGCACUCCAGCUUAAAGGCAGGCUUAAGUAGAUUAUGUCCUUUCUGUGUCAUCUUUUACCUAGAGAAUGGCCACAGUAUCCACAAUUAUUUUCCAAUUUGCUUCCCAGAGCCACACCUAAUAAUAUGGUAAUUCACUUUGCUUAAAGCAAACACCUGGGAAAUCCUCCGUUAACUAUUGACCCAGUUUUGAGAUAACACUAACCCAUGGUUUCAUUACAAGAAUGAGCUGUGGUAGCCUCAGGCUCACAGCGCCUUUCUGUUCUAUCUGCAAGGGGAGAAGAUUGAAAGCUUCCAUUUUUCAUUUGAAUAAACCACAGUUUAUUUUGGUCAGUUCUGAUAACAAACUAAGAUCUGAAACCAUGUUUAGAUCCUGGUUUGUUCAUACUAGCCACAGUGAGGUGAAACUCGUUUUUUAAGUUCAAAUGUAAGAAAUCAGUUGGGGUGGGGGGUUUCAUACAUUUAAAAUCUCUUUUUUAAUCAAAGUGAAGGUGAUUAUGAAUACAAAGAUGAGUGGAAGCUUUCAAUCCCCCUCCAUUUGUACCUGAAAGAGAAAUGGUGUGGGAAGUGCAAGCCCAAGAAUCACUGCACUUGACACUAAACCAUGGUUUACUGUUUUCUGAAUCAGACCUUCAAGCCAGAUGGUAAUACAUCUUUCUAAAUUCAAAGGAUCCUUUGGCACUCAGACUAUAUUAUCAAGAUGUGAACAUAAACCAUUUACCGUAAAGUAGUUUCGAACUACUUGCAUUGACUCCACAUAGAUGAUUUAAAUUCUCCACCAUCACAAGUAUCUACCAGCCAAAACAUAAGGGCUCAGUUCUGAAGAACUUUGAGAACUUCAACCCUAACAGCAUUUAAGCAUAUGAGAUGUUAUUCUUGAUCUGUGUAAACGCUAUGGUACAUGAUCAUCAAUAUGUGUGAACAGAAUCAGUUACUCUGAUGGGUCUGUGGGAACUUUGCAGACUUGUUGGAUUAUUUGUGGGGUUGUAUUUAUAAAAUUAAGUAACCCAUUCCAGUAACCUUGGCUAUUGAAUUAUGAGUCCAUUAAAAAUUGAAAUCAUGUCCAAAGCAGUUUCUUUAACUGUCUUUUGAACAGAUCACAGCUCUCUGUUUUUAGACUACGUCAUAGUUCUUUAACUUCACUUUUGCUGAAAUAAGGAUCUAAUGAUGGGUUACCAGGCUGCUGCCUGUCAUAUCUAAACUAAAUGCUAGGACACUUAUUUCUUGGAAGUGACAUCAUUGCUUGGCGACCAACUUCUGUUCACUGUUUUCUAAACAUGAUGUAUAUUGAAAAUACCAGCAAAUGUGAAGGGGGACCAGAUAUAAUUUAACUUCCUAAACAGAGGGGUGGGGAAUGUAUUGUAUAUUAUGGCUUCACGUGUAAAACUUUUUUUUAACCAAAAAAAGUUGCAUGAAUGGACAAAAUAUGUAUACAGUAUCUGUAAAACUGUCUUACCUGGGUUAUUUCUUUCACUGUCAAAUCACAUACUUUGGAAGAAUAUUCCAUCCACUGCCUUAGUGCAUGGCCGUCUUUCCUAAGAGGUGCACAAUUUUUACUUUUCGUAUGAGCUACCUUGCCGUUUCAUUUGAAAGCUGGCACUGUUGUAAACUCAACGGAGGCUUUUGUGAAACCAAAUGCUGACAUAGGUGAAUAUACUACCUUACUACUUAAUGACUGGAUGUCAGUUUGAUUUGAAAACUUCCCCCUUUGCAAAUGAAAUAGCUGUGCAAAGCUUAACUACACUUGAUGUUUAGUAGAUAUUGCCUUGUGUAUUCCAUUCUUAAUUGUAAUCUAGUUUGUAAAAGAAAUUGUGACGCAUGUAAAUAAAGCGUAAGGAUCUCUAUGAUGAAUGUA